AUGCCGUUAAGUAAGAGGGCCUCUCUUCAGGCGCAGCGCAUGAUGCGAGAAGCAUUCAUGGAGCUCGAAAGAGUCAUCACUGUUUCCGAUCGGGCGCAACUGAAAAAUCUGUCGCUUGAAGAUGUUCAGCAGGCAGCUCUCCAAAUCGAAAAGCAGCUUGCAGCAAGUCAGUCGUUGCGAAAUAUGCGGAGACUAGCACCUUUGUUCACUGGCUUGGGCCACUAUUCACAAGCGAUUGAAGUUUUAUGCAGUGGAACGCCGUAUUUGCCUUGGCUAUGGGCACCCAUUAAGCUUGUGUUGAAGAUAUCCGCCGAUUACAUCGAAGCCUUUGAGCAGAUCAUCAAGGUUUAUUGCAGGCUAGCUGAGCCGUUGGCUCGAUUUAACCUCUUUGAUCGCGCUUAUUCAAACAACAUAGAAGUCCAAAACACUUUGGCAGUGUAUUAUUCGGAUAUUCUUAAAUUCCACGGAGAAGCUUACAAGUUUGUCCGGCGCAAUGCAUGGCAGCGCCUCUUUGCUACUUCUUGGGGACGCUUCCAACGGCGGUUCGACAACAUAUUUGCUGAUCUAAAAGCGCAUGAGGAUCUCGUUGAUAAAACAGCUAAUGCGGCUAAUUUAUCAGAGGCAAAAGAGAUGAGAGAGAAACUAGAAGACUGGAGACAGCAAGAAAUGGCCAAACUCAAGAAGGAGGAAGAGGAGCGUACAAGUACCGAAUUUCAAGCUGUCUUGAGUGUCUUGAAAGUUGACGAGAUUCACCAGAUCAAAGUAUUUGACAAUCUCAUUUCUGAAGCAGACCGAAACCUCGGGUCUUGCAGUUGGAUACUUCAGCAACAAAAGAUUCGAUCGUGGGCGAGAUGCGAACGCGAUACUCAGUUUGUUGUGCUUCAUGGCGUCGUCGGGAGCGGUAAAAGUGUCUUGGCAGCACAAAUCGCGACUUUUCUCCGUGCUUUAGAGGGCUCUUUGGUAGCAGCUCAUUUCUGCACAUAUCUCUACCCUGAGUCAACAGACUACAACUACAUAAUGCGGUCCUUGAUGAUACAAAUCAUUCGUUUGGAUCCUGAACUCAUCACGCUGUCGUAUGACUGGUUAAUCUUGAAGAAGAAAGCCCCAAGCAACACUGUGGUUGAACAACUUCUACGCCUCUUAGUCGAAGCCAUGGGAGCCUUGGCAGAAAAGAAAAAGACCCUUCACAUUAUUAUUGACGGGCUAGAUGAAUGUGAUGAUAAUACAGUAGCGAGUGUUGUAAAAACACUCGACAAGCUGGUUACUUCUGCUUCAUCUUCUGCCUCAACUCUUCUUAAAGUGCUGUUAUGCACUCAAAUGAGGCCUGAAAGGAUAAACGAUAUUCGGCCAAGUCUCUCUCAGUUAGGUAUCACUGAUGGCGAUGUCACGGCGCUGGCAUCUCAAAUCACGCAGAAAGCAGAUGGCAUGUUUCUCUGGGCAAAACUCGUCAUGGAGUAUAUAAAUAAGAAUCUAUUCUACCACCGCGAUGAGAUUUUGAAGGCAGCGGUUAGUCUGCCCAGGGAGCUCGGCGAAUUCUAUGGUCGGAUGUUAUCGCAGAUUAUGGCCAAUUUUGACGAAAGAUCUUCUCAGCGAAUCAGCGCCGUCCUAAGCUGGAUCGCAUUUGCAAAACGGCCGCUCCGUUUAGCAGAGCUUUUAUCUGCUUUGGCCUUUGACACCAAACAAGAACAAGUUGAUGGGCUUGUGCCGGCUUAUAUCCUUGAUAGGUGCGAGCCUCUCAUCCAGAAGCAGGCCGACUCUUCUUAUUCGUUUGUCCAUGUGUCAGUUAGGGACUUUCUUCAGAGUUCCGAUACAGCACUCUUAAUCACGGAGGACGAGUCACAAAGACGACAUGGGCUUGCUACCAUUCGCUGUCUCUUAUCUGGUCAGCAAAUCUUUGCUCCUUUAUACCCAGACUCUGAAAGAACCUUGAGAGUUCUUUGUGGGCUUCACGGCUUCCAUAUGUACGCUACCGAAUAUUGGGUCGACUACCUUCUGGCAUCUCUUGAGUUUGACCAAGCUCAGUUUUUCGAUUCCGAUUUCUUUGCGUUAUCUUGUCGUCUGGCGGAAAACUUUAUAGCUGCAGAAACCGAUUGCGAAGCCGCAUAUGGCAGCCUGUCAGACACACGACUUGCUCUGAUACGACAGAAAGAUUACCGCCUGUACAAAAUGGUGAAGGUGGUGCUCCUGGAACAAAACAAAGAGACAAUAGAAGUGGUGUCAAUCCAUGGUGCAGCUUCCCAUUCUACAACAUUUCUUUGA